CCGGCGCUCCUGCAGUGGGACCGAGCGGCCGGCGGACUGAUGGACUGUGGGGUGAGGCUGCUGGACCUUGGGCGGGUGCAUAUGGAAACUACAGUGUGCAGACCGGUCCUUUCUCCAGCCCACAUCAACGCUACAGCUUCUGAAACAUUCACGGUACUCCAGCAAAGGAUGAGAAUAGUCGAGGAACAGACCAGUUCUCUGAGGAAUGACCUAAUAAUGUUGGACUAUGGUGAAAAAAGAGGUCAGUUGGAAGCUCCAAACUAUUUAGAAGACCCUGCCAGCCAGAAGGUCAUUAGUCCUGUCCAUAAUGAAGUUAUUUGCUCAGGAAAAACAGAUAUUUUAUGGAAGAACUGUGAGUUUCUGGUAAAUCGAAUGUGCCAUCUAGAAAGCCUCAUCCAGUCCUUGAAGAUGAAUAUUUUUCGUAUGCAAACUGAAAAGGAUUUGACUCCACAGAAAACAGCUUUUCUGAAGGAUCGACUUAAUGUAAUACAGGAGGAGCAUUCCAAAGACUUGAAGCUGUUGCAUCUUGAAGUGAUGAAUUUGCGCCAACAACUGAGAGAUGUAAAAGAAGAAGAAGAUAAGGCACAAGAUGAAGUACAAAGGCUGACUGCCACUCUGGAAAUUGCCUCAGAGACAAAGAAGAAUGCAGCCAUUAUUGAAGAGGAACUGAAGACCACAAAACGUAAAAUGAACCUUAAAAUUCAGGAGCUAAGGAGACAACUGGCUCAGGAGAAGCACAUCAGAGAAUCUCUUGAGAAAUCUGGAUCAGCCAUGCUCCUCAAAAUACAAGAAAUGGGAUCAACUGUGGAGGUGGAACGGAAACAGGUGCACAUUUUGCAGCAAAACUGUAUUGCCCUUCGUGGUUCUAUACAGAGCACCCAAGAACUCCUGGUACAGGAGCAACAAAAGAAAGGACAGUUGGAGACUGCUACUUCACAGCUCAAGUUUGAUCUAAUUUCUAGAGAUGAUCUCAUUUCGAAGUUGGUCGAAGAAAAUAAGAAUAUGCAGAUGUCUUUAGACAAAGAACAUGAAGAAAAUGCAACUUUGAGGUCCGAAAUCACAGCUCUUCAUGAAGAAUCAGAAAAAGCACAGGUUUUGAAUGACCAAUUGACUAGAAAAUGUUCAGAGCUGAACAACAUGCUUCAGACUGUUAGUAUGGAAAAUGCCAGAAUCAUCGCUGACCAUCAAGCCAUUCUGCAGGUAGGGCAGAAAAUGAUGACGCAGACAUUUCAAGAACAAAAUCUAAUACUGGAUGCAGCGCAUGCGACUAUCACCAAUGAACUACAGACUGUAGAGAAUGAGAAAACCCAACUCCAAGAACAUCUGGACCAUUUGAUCCUUGAGCAUAACCAGUGUAUACAGAAAGCACGGGAUGCAGAGAAUAGGACAGCUUUGCAAAAAGAGCUUCUGGAAUCAACCAUUGCAAGGUUGCAAGGUGAAUUGGAAGUAUCCAUACAAGAAAAAAAGUCUCUGCUAGAAGAGAAAGAAAGAUUUCAGAGAGAGGUUAAUAAAACAGAAAAAGAAACAAAACAAGAGAAAUCCAAUAUGGAAAAGGAAUUAGCUAAAAACAAGGUAGACAUAAAUGCAUUAAAUGAAAACCUGCACACUCUAUUGGAAGAAAAUAAGCACCUGACAGAUCAAAUGGCUUCCCUAGAUGUUCAGCAAGUCACUUCUGAUUACCAUGGGCUGGCCCACCAGAAGGUGGAAAAAGUCUUGGGAAAAAUUACCGAAAGUAAAAAUAAACUGGCCUAUGAAAAGGGAAAACUCCAGAUAAAAGUUAAACAGCUAGAAGAACAACUACAUUCUCUUACUGAAACCAAUCUACAGAAUGACCAUCUGUGCAAGCUGAAUAAGACGUUAGAGGCCAAAUAUGCUCAGGUGAAAUCUAUUCUUGAAAAAAAUGAAGAGGAGCUGUCCCAGGCAGUGAAGUCUCGUGAUGCAGCGCUUAAGGAGAGUCAGAGGCUGAAAGGGGACCUGGAGGCCUUGGAGGACAGAGAAAGCAAGAAAGUAGGAAACUUUCAGCGGCAAUUGGCAGAGGCUAAGGAAGACAACUGCAAAGUCACAAUCAUGUUGGAGAACGUGCUGGCCUCUCACAGUAAGAUGCAAGGUGCUCUGGAGAAAGUUCAAAUGGAGCUUGGGCGCAGGGACUCGGAGAUUGCAGGCCUCAAGAAAGAAAGGGCUAUAAAUCAACAAAGGGUACAGAAACUCGAAGCCGAAGUGGACCAGUGGCAAGCUAGAAUGCUUGUCGUGGAUGCCCAGCAUAGCAGUGAGAUGGAACCUCUACAAAAAGCUCUGGAUAUAGCUAGAGAAGACAACAGGAAACUGGCUAUGAGCUUGGAGCAAGCUCUCCAGACAAAUAAUCACCUACAAACAAAACUAGAUCACAUUCAAGAAAAAUUGGAAAGCAAAGAAAUCGAGCGGCAGAAUUUGGAAACCUUCAAAGAACGGAUAACUGAGGAAUCCAAAGUGGAAGCAGAAAUGCAUGCUGAACGUAUAGAAGCUCUAAGAAAGCAGUUUCAUACGGAGAGAGAAACUACAAAGAAGGCGGCACAACGGGAAGUGACUGAGCUGAAGAAAGCCCUUGAUGAAGCCAACUUCAGAUCAGUGGAAGUGUCCCGGACCAACCGAGAGCUGCGGCAGAAAAUUACAGAGCUGGAAAAGUUACUGAACAGUAACAAGGAGAAAAUAAAGAAUCAAAAAGCCCAAAUUAAGCUCUACUUGUCGGCUAAGGCGAAUAAUGUUCAGAACAUUGAGAGGAUGAAGCAAAUAGAAACGGAAUUGAGGCAAAUGGAGCUAAUUAAGGAUCAAUAUCAGAAGAAAAACUUUGAACAGUCAUUGAGUAUCCAGAGAUUUGUUUCUGAAAUGAGUAACCUGCAGAAAGAGAUGCAGUUGCUGGCCAAGAGCCAAUAUGAUACCUCAGCACGAAAUAAACAGCAAGAGCUGCGACUCGAGGCAGAGCGGAAAAUAAGGCAGGAAUUAGAGAUUCGGUGUCGGGAAUUGGAAGAAACUAUUAGACACCUGAGGAAAUGUAAAGAGGCAACAGAGAAUAAACUGAAAGAAGCCAGUGUGGAAUCAGAACAGAUAACAGCUAACCUGGAAGAAGCUCACCGCUGGUUCAAGUGCAGAUUCGAUGGCCUGCAACUUGAGCUGACAAAAAACCGGUUGCAAAGGCUUCCCCGGGAAGACAGGUGGCAGGAAGAGGCUUACCAAAGUGAUCCUCUAGAAAAUGAGUGGGUAUGGGAAGAGAAGCGAAGAGAUUAAAGAGGGGAAAAAACUUACUCUGUCAUUUAACACUGAUGAAUUCAUCAGGAUAUUUUUAGGCUUGGAUAAUCUUCGGGAAAUACAAAGUCAAUGUAAAUGGUUCAUCACCCAUUCCAAAGCUGGCUUUAAUCUGCGACUUGAAGGUAAUGCUUUCCAACCUUGUUCAUGUCACGGCACAGGGAUAAAACAGCACCAUUUGUGGAGCACAGUGGAAUCAAUGACACAGGCCACUUUGGGAUUUGCUGACCUCCAAGGGCCUGACAGGUAGACCAGCUGUUCCCAGCCCACGGCCGUUGAGCACCGGGGAAAUCCGUGUAGAUCAUACCCCCUCUGGUGGUCAGAUUCACAUCCUUCCUCUUCUCCUCUGCUCAGAUGACUAGUCCUGAAAUGGAGUAAAAAUGCAGUUUCAGUGCUUCAGCCACAACACAGAGGUACCAAGCAUCUCUGUCCAAACGAGAAAGAGCAAGAACUAAUGAUGUAAAGCAUGCUGUUAGAAAAUACUUGUUUCAGCUCUCUGAAGGUAUGUUUAAAUAAGAAACAUUAAUUGUGUUGCGUGCAAGCCCGUCUGAAAUAGAGUCUAGAUCAACACUGACCAGCGUUAGGAAAAGGAAACGCGACGGAUGACCCUAGAAUUGGCUGCAGCGGCAUUGGCUUCCCCCGGUCUUUGUUUGUGCACUGCAGAUCACUGAACCACAGGUACCCAUUUCUUGGCUUGCUCUUCCCUCUCUACACUUGCUUGAACCCCCUUCUCUGGACAUGGUCGCCUCAUUGUCUUUACUAAAAUACCACGUAGUCCUGCUGAUUCCCAUUCUAACAUUAAUCAGCUUGCUUAGCUUGAGUCUGCAAACAGGGUGAGUCUGAAGUUGAUCAUUAGUGUGGUAACUAGAUUUUUCCUGUGCGAUAUGGUUACCUGGAUAGCUGCUAGACAUUUUUUGGUCUUGGCUGAAAAACUGGGUGGUAAGAACGGUGUCAGGGCUGCAGCUUCUCUCCACGCAGGUGGGGAGCAGUAACAGGGAACGGGAUGUUUUAGACGCUUUCUCAAACAGGGAGGGAAUAUGGAAAUCUUUUCCAUCCCUACAAAUAAACAAAAAUAGACUUAAUGUUUUUCAAAGAUACUAGAAGUUCCCAAAGUGUAUGAAAACAAUGGAGUUAUAAAAUACAGUUUUAAAUUCAUAGAAAUGCUGCCAUCUAGCGCAUACAAAAUCGUUGCAGGAGUUAUGUUCUUCCCCCUAGAACUACUUAUAAUCCAGUAAU